GGCGAACUCACAAUGAGCGCGCCGCCCGUGCUUCCGAAGGAGGACGCCCAGGACACGCCUCCUGUUGCUGCAGUGCUUGAGCUGCCCAGAGGCGACGCACAGAAGUGGCUGCAGGCGCACCUGGCACCAGCGAAGCUGGAGAGCAGUCAGGCGGAACCGGUGGAGAUGCAACCCGUGUUUGGUGAGAAUUCCUCCAACACCAGUGACGCCAUUGCGGACGCAGCCCAGGAAGAACCAGUUUCCGCUACCUCCGCCCGAGGUUUCCUUUCCCGCGGGAAGCGGCGUCGGUCCCUUGCCCGUCUGCGAUCGCUCUGUGAUGGGGCUGAGGAGGUGGCAACCAAGGCGCUUGCUGCGGCCGUGGGAUGUGUGGGCGAAGGCGACGUGCGGAAGUGGCUCCAGGUUGCCCAGGAUGCACUGAAGCCUGAAGUCUGGGUGGACUCGCGCCGCGCGCUGCAGCAAAGAGCUGACGAGGCGGCGUCUGCGCUGCUGGCUGCGCAGCGGGCGAAGGCUGAGAGUCCCACGGAGGCAUUGGCCACGGCUGAGCGCGCGCUCGGCGAUCUUCUAAUCUGGCGAUGCCAAGCAGCAAGCACUCUCCGCUCCCGGAGCAGUUUUAAAUCUACUCUACAGGAGGCCUUUAGAGGGGAACUCCUCACAACCAAGCAGUGGUCCCGCUUUUUCCACAUACACAAGGAAGUGGUCGCCCGACAACUGCCCGAAGCGGAUUUCAAG